UAUAUAUAAAUUAUUAAUUUAUAAUUUUAAUGGAACCAUAUUUACAUAGAAUAUUUUUAAAAAUUAUUAUCUUAUUAUUUUAUCGAUUUGUGUUUAAUUUUGAACCGGUCCAAAUUGGAACCGCCGAAAUUUAUUAAUUUAUAAAAAAUAUUAAUUUAUCGAGUAUUAAUUUAUCGAAGUUUUAUGUAUAAUUAAAAUCUUAAUUGGGCCAAGAUUGUGUCUGAGUAGACCCAAUAAAAAAAACUUAUAACUAAGUUGAGCGAAAUGACGCCGUUGCAGCAUCCCUGACCCCUUACAUGUUCCGUUCUGCUCGACGAUCGUUGGAGUUGAAACCAAACCUUACUUCCUCUCUCGAACCCUACAUUGAAAGAAGAUGGUGUUGAUCGAGCAAGAGACCCUCAUCAAAGACGAACCAAAUCUACCGUCUUCAUCCUCACCGCAAAUAGCUGCGACGGAGGCGAAACAAGUCCACGACGGAGAUGAUUCCGACGGAUUCGAAACUGCCAGCGAACGUGAAGAAGACGAUAGCAUAAACGACGCCGUAACGAGCCAAGAGGAACCACCACAUCAGGAGAAAGCCAUGAAAGAAGCUAAUGAAGCUAAAGUGGAAGGAAACAGUAUGUUCGUUAAUGGGCUUUACGAAGAGGCCUUGUCAAAGUAUGAUCUUGCGUUAGAGCUUGUUCAGGAGUUUCCUGACUGCACAGAGCUUCGUUCCAUAUGCCGUUUAAACAGAGGAGUGUGUCUCCUCAAACUGGGUAAGUACGAAGAGACGAUCAAGGAAUGCACGAAAGCUUUAGAGCUGAAUCCUACUUACUUUAAGGCCUUGGUUCGCAGGGCAGAAGCGCACGAGAAGCUUGAACACUUUGAAGAAGCUGUCGCUGAUUUGAAGAAGAUCUUAGAACUUGAUCCUUCGAAUGAUCAAGCUAGGAAAGGGAUUCGACGCCUUGAACCUCUUGCUGCGGAGAAGCGAGAAAAGAUGAAAGAAGAGGCUAUAACUAAGCUGAAGGAGAUGGGAAACUCAAUUUUGGGUCGAUUUGGGAUGAGCAUAGACAACUUCAACGCUGUUAGAGAUCCCAACACUGGCUCCUACUCUCUAUCCUUCCAAAACUAGUCACUAUAUCAUUAUGUUGUUCUUUCUACCGCUUGAUUUAUAGCAACAAAAUGGUUAAUAUUGCAAUGUGUUAUGUUCUUGACGCAUUGGUAGUGAAAUGAUGAGCAAUCUUUUUGGAUUUUA